CUGCUGUAUUGCUAAAUUGAAAGAAGCAGCUUGUUGUCAUGGUGUAUUCUAAAGUCUGGAUUCAGGACAGAGGGACAGUAUUUUAGUUGCUGAUAUGUGAUGCUGACGCUGUGCUGCAUGAAGAAGUUUUCAUUUAUAAAUGUUGGACUUGUGCCCAGACUGCUAUGGUAGAAUCUGGAAGAAAACACAAUAAGGAGAAGAACGUCAGACCAAUUUUGCAGGAACAUAUGUGGGGGGGAAAAGGCUUUAACAAAAGACAUUUUUCAAACAGUGAAAGAACUAGACCAUGGACAAUAGUUAUGAAUCUUUAAAAAUCUAUCCUGCGUCAACCACUAUUAUCCAUGCAGAGUCAAAAGAAUGCUUUAUCUGUCGAGAAGGAGACGAGAUGGGUUGUGACGCUCUGCUGCACUUCUGUGACUGCAAAAACCUGAUUGCUCACCAGAAGUGUGUGCUAACCUGGAUACAAAAGAGUUCUGAUAAUCAAGAUAGAGCAAGAUGCAAAGUAUGUACAGCUGAGUACCAGCUACAGAAAGGAUCAGUGUGGAGAAUCUUGUUUUGUCACUGGCAGAAUUGGCUCUUCUUCUGCUUGGUCCUGGCAGUAAUGACUAUCAUUCCCCUUGCAGUCUAUCGAAUGAUGGUAGCUUUUAAGGACCCUCCACCCAGUGCUGUAUUCCAUGCAGCAGCUGUGUGCUUUGGAGUUCUCGCAGAGACUCUUCUGAUCAAAUACGUAUUGUAUUACUGCAGCAGCAAAUACAACGAGGCCAAGAUGUCUUCAUUUUCCGUCAGAGCGAGAACUGUAGAACAAUGUGAUCGAGGCGUUGGUGUUCUGUGGCCAGCCGGUCAGAACCCAUCAACAGCUGUGAUGAGCAGAGCAGAGAUGGGGAAACAGGAGGCAGUCAAAGCCAAAGAAGGUUUCGGCCUGAAGCUGUGUGUAUGACUGAAGCAGAGCAAGGCCAGGACCCAAGGAAACCCCAGCAGCAAGGGAAAAAACAGAUUGACUCUCAGUGACUCAUUUAGCUCCUGGAUUGGACAGAUCUCUCCCCCGCUGGCAGUUUGGCUGAGCAUCAAUGGGACAGAUACCAGGAUGAAUAGCUUAAAAUAAUUAGGGGGCCAAUCUGCAAAACUGCUCUCAUCCAAUUCUUUACUGUGUGAUGAAAGACACAAAACAAAUUACAUUUAGAUUAUUAAAUAUUAAGUCACUGGAUUUACCUCCAUUUGGUCCAAAGCAGGAAACUGGAUAAAAUUCAAUUUUAUAUCAUUGUGUUGAUGGCCUGUUUUUCAUCAGAUGAGUGAGUGUUUGUUGGCAGGUCAGACUCUUUGACACAUGGGGAAAAUAGGUGCUUAAUUUAAAUGAGAAUUAAUGCAAUCAUAAUUAACACAAAUGUGAACAGAAUUAAACACAGGCAAGAGUUCAGUUUAAUGCUUAGCAGUUUAAACUAUAUGUUUUAGGAAACAUCCUGCUUCAGCUGAAGACAA